AUGGCGGCAUUCGAGGAAAUGGGUGUUCUACCAGAAAUUGCAAACGCAGUGGAUGAAAUGGAGUGGACAUUACCAACUGAUGUCCAAGCUGAAGCUAUUCCAUUAAUUUUGGGUGGCGGAGAUGUAUUGAUGGCUGCAGAGACUGGUAGUGGAAAAACUGGUGCUUUCUGUUUGCCAGUUAUACAAAUUGUAUGCGAAACUCUAAAGGAUAUAGAAUCUGGCAAAACAGCUAAAACAAGUUCUACAGGACAUCAUCAGCCUUCUACACAUUGGGCAUUGAGUUUAUUUGAUAGAGGAAGAGCUUUAGCUGUUACUCCAGAUGGCCUGAGAUGUCAGAGUCGUGAACAAAAAGAAUGGCAUGGUUGCAGAGCAAACAAAGGAGUACAUGGGAAAGAAAAAUUUUUCUAUGAAGCUAUAGUAACUGAUGAAGGUUUAUGCCGUGUAGGCUGGUCUACAGCUGAAGCCACAUUGGAUCUGGGAACAGACAAGUUUGGUUUUGGUUUUGGUGGUACUGGUAAAAUGUCAAAUGCGAAACGGUUUGACGAUUACGGAGAACCUUUUGGAAUGCAUGAUGUAAUUGGAUGUUACUUAGAUUUAUCAAAUGGGCAUAUUAGGUUUACAAAAAAUGGUAAAGAUCUUAAUGUAGCAUUCAACUUGAAUGCACAACAAAAAUCACAGACCUACUAUCCAGCUGUUGUUUUAAAAAAUGCUGAAAUGUCAUUUAAUUUUGGAGCACAACCAUUUAAAUAUCCACCAUGUGGUCAUUUAAAAGAUCACAUACCUCUUGCUUCAGCUCCUAAAGAAUGUGUUAAGGAAAAUCCUAAUAAUACUAGCCAAGGUCAAAGUAUAGAGGAUAGCAAACCAAAACCUAAUGCUCCUCAAGCUAUAAUUAUGGAACCAUCGCGGGAACUUGCUGAACAAACAUAUAAUCAGAUUCAAAAGUUUAAAAAAUAUCUAACAGAUCCUACCAUCAAAGAUUUGUUAGUUAUUGGAGGAGUAAGUGUAAAAGAACAGAUUUCUAAGCUAAAUUCAGGUGUGGACAUAGUGGUUGGAACACCAGGACGUUUAGAAGAUCUGAUACAAGGAGGCUAUUUGUCCCUAACACAUUGCAGAUUCUUUAUUUUGGACGAAGCUGAUGGUCUAUUGAAGCAAGGUUACACGGAAUUAAUCGAACGUUUGCAUAAACAAAUACCAAAAAUUACAUCAGAUGGAAAAAGACUGCAAAUGAUCGUGUGUUCGGCUACGUUGCAUUCUUUUGAAGUGAAAAAAAUGGCAGAUCGCCUGAUGCAUUUUCCAACAUGGGUAGACUUAAAAGGUGAAGAUGCUGUACCCGAAACUGUGCAUCACGUUGUUGUAAUGGUAGAUCCGCAGAAAGAUAAAUCUUGGCAUAACUUAAGAAGACACAUAGAAACUGACGGUGUACAUCAACGAGAUAAUAUAAGACCAGGAAGUAACGAUCCUGAGACACUAUCAGAAAGUGUGAAAAUACUAAAAGGUGAAUACUGUAUUCGUGCCAUUAAGGUGCACAACAUGGAUAGAGCUAUCAUCUUCUGUAGAACUAAGAUAGAUUGCGAUAAUUUGGAACGGUAUUUGAAGCAAGUUGGAGGAAACCAAUUUUCGUGCGUAUGUUUACACGGUGAUCGAAAGCCUGCCGAACGGAAAGCUAAUUUAGAAAAGUUCAAGAAACAAGAAGUAAAGUUCUUGAUCUGUACCGAUGUUGCUGCUAGAGGUUUAGAUAUUACUGGGCUACCAUUCAUGAUUAAUAUGACUCUACCUGAUGAGAAAUCAAACUACGUGCAUCGUAUCGGUAGAGUUGGUAGAGCUGAACGAAUGGGUUUGGCUAUUUCAUUAGUUAGCAAAGUACCAGAAAAAGUGUGGUACCACGGUGAGUGGUGUCCUAGCCGCGGAAGAAAUUGCAACAACACUAAUCUUACCGACAAGGGUGGUUGUUGUACCUGGUACAAUGAACCAAAUUAUUUAGCCGAAAUUGAAGAUCACCUAAAUAUCACAAUUCAACAAGUUGAACCGGAUAUGAAAGUUCCUAUGAACGACUUCGACGGGAAAGUUAUAUACGGAGAAAGAAGAGCAAACAUGGGUUCGACUUAUCAAAACCACGUUGAACAAAUGGCACCUUACGUGGCUGAGUUAUCUUCCUUGGAAUCAAGAGCACAACUUUUGCAUUUGGAAAGGCAUAUGGCUGCAGCAGCAAAUUAAAAUUGCGUUAACUUAAUAUGAGAAAUCAAGAUCUACUAUCAUGCUUUGCAAAUUGAGUAUUCAAUUUUGUGUUUGAAUGUUAUUUCUAGUGUUCUAAUAAUUUUAAUACCCAGAAAUACAGUGUACUGUAAUUUUCAAAUGUAAUAUAUAAAUUUGUUACAUAUAAUAUAAAGUUUCAAUUCGCACGUAACAAGGAGUAUUUUGUACAAAUUAAUCAUUAAAAAAAAAAAAGAACAAAAGAAAUUGACUCGCGUAAAUACCAUUUCGUAUAUGUGUAUAUAAGACAUCCGGUAAGUGUUUAUUGUAUUUUUUAUAAUCUUCAUAAUUGUACCAUCGCUAUUUUAGUUACACAAAUGUAUAAUACAGUGACUUUGCAGUGUU